AUGGAUCUUCUUGAUUCAGAGGAAUCAUGUCUCCCAGAUCCCAGCGUUCCCGAGCCAGAACCUGAAGUGAAUCUGGUCGAUAUUGAACAAUCGUGUGUCCCAGAUCCCAGCGCUCCUGGUCCAGAACCUGAAGUGGAUCUUGUUGAUCCAGAGGAAUCAUUUGGUCCAGAUCCCAGCAUUCCCGAGCCAGAACCUGAAGUGACAUCAGAGCAUUUAAGUUUGGAAAACUGCAUCCGUCUUAAUGUGUCCAAGCUGGAGGAUCGUUUGAGGGAAUGUACACUGUCCAAGACUCCUGUCACUGAGGUCUGGCCCAGGGUCUUCAUUGGAAAUGAACUGCAUGGGACCCGCGAUCAACUGAAGGAGAUGGGAAUUACUCAUAUCCUUAAUGCUGCAGCGCCAAAAAAGGACCUGAAGUUCUUGUUGGGAAUGGCAAGCGAGAAAGACCUACUAGGAACGGUCAACACAGGGUCCAGAUAUUACAGAGGCAUGAACAUGACUUACUGUGGCCUGCCUUCGUUCAGACACUGGGCCAAUAUCAGCAAGUACUUCUUGCCAGCAGCCAAAUUUAUCCAUAAGGCUUUGAGGAACCCAACGAGUAAGGUGUUGAUUCACUGCACACAGGGUCUUAGCCACUCGGCGACUCUGUUUCUGGCUUAUCUGAUGAUCUGCCAUGACAUGAUGGUGGAGGAGGCCAUUGAUCAUGUCAUAAAAGUGAGAUGCAUCAAGCCCUAUUUCGGCCAUCUGAAGCACCUGGCGUUCCUCAAUGCCGACCUUGUGCUGCAGCGAAAUCUAAAGCUACAGGGGGGAAAAACAGACAAAAAGAUGAACAAAUGGCAGGUUAAAACAAAAGGAAUGUUGUAUUUGUACCGUAUGGUGACCAUGUACAUCACAACUCUUCCUGUUCCCAGCAUGCACAUGCACUGCGCCCCGAAGCAUUACAGCCUGGACGUAGUGGUGGAGUAUUUCAUCACCUCACGUCUCUUCUACUGGUACCACACCAUGGCCAACAACCGGACCUUGAGAGGAUCUCCUCACAACUAUCUGAACCGGAUUUGGUGGAACCGCGUGUUUAACUUCCUGGAGAAGAAUGUAAAGACGACGGUUCCCUGCUCGUUCUCGUGGCCGCUGUUGCCUCCAUCUGCCGUCUUCAAGAACCCGUUACAGAUUAUUGAUCUGUCAGUCUCAGAACACCACACAAUGUCCACAGAGGUCAGAGAGGUGCUUCUGGAGGUUUACCUCAACGGUGCCUUCUACUGCAGGGAAAGUUACUGGGCAUCAGAUGAUAAAGAUGUGCAGCUGGAGUUUGAGAUCACCAAUGCCAUCUAUGACCUUCUCGGCUGCAGCGCAUCUCAAGAGAUAGAUGUGCAGCUGGAGUUUGAGACGGACGAUCACGUCUCAGUCGGUCACUGCAGUCCAGGAGAGAUGCACAUGGAGCUGGAGACUGAUGAGAAUCAGAACAUCUCAGUCUGUGAAGUGAAAGACUUGCAGCUGGAGAUGAACAGGAACGUCAGCGUAUCAGAGCUGAAGAAGCCUGCGCUGGUGUCUGAAGAUCUGAGAGACCCAGCAGGACCUUCAGUGGAAGACAGCGGUGUUCAGGAGAACAGCCCGACAGAAAGCACUGCUGGGUGGAUGUUCAAGAAAAUAAGUGCAGUCUUCCAGCAAUUGACUGCAAUCUUCCAGACAAAUGCACUGAAUGCUGUUGGGGAACCUGAAGUGGAUCUUCUUGAUCCAGAGGAAUCAUUUGGUCCAGAUCCCAGCAUUUCCAAGCAAGAACCUGAGGUGAAUCUGGUCGAUACUGAGCAGUCAUGUAUCCCAGAACCUGAAAUGGAUCUACUUGAUUCAGAGGAAUCAUGUCUCCCAGAUCCCAGCAUUCCCAAGCCAGAACCUGAAAUGAAUCUGGUCGAUAUUGAACAAUCGUGUGUCCCAGAUCCCAGCGCUCCUGGUCCAGAACCUGAAGUGGAUCUUGUUGAUCCAGAGGAAUCCUGUGCACCUGGUCCAAGCGUUCCCGAGCCAGAACCUGAAGUGACAUCAGAGCAUUUAAGUUUGGAAAACUGCAUCCGUCUUAAUGUGUCCAAGCUGGAGGAUCGUUUGAGGGAAUGUACAGUGUCCAAGACUCCUGUCACUGAGGUCUGGCCCAGGGUCUUCAUUGGAAAUGAAGAGACUGCAUGGGACCGAGAUCAACUGAAGGAGAUGGGAAUUACUCAUAUCCUUAAUGCUGCAGCGCCAAAAAAGGACCUGAAGUUCUUGUUGGGAAUGGCAAGCGAGAAAGACCUUCUAGGAACGGUCAACACAGGGUCCAGAUAUUACAGAGGCAUGAACAUGACUUACUGUGGCCUGCCUUCGUUCAGACACUGGGCCAAUAUCAGCAAGUACUUCUUGCCAGCAGCCAAAUUUAUCCAUAAGGCUUUGAGGAACCCAACGAGUAAGGUGUUGAUUCACUGCACACAGGGUCUUAGCCACUCGGCGACUCUGUUUCUGGCUUAUCUGAUGAUCUGCCAUGACAUGAUGGUGGAGGAGGCCAUUGAUCAUGUCAUAAAAGUGAGAUGCAUCAAGCCCUAUUUCGGCCAUCUGAAGCACCUGGCGUUCCUCAAUGCCGACCUUGUGCUGCAGCGAAAUCUAAAGCUACAGGGGGGAAAAACAGACAAAAAGAUGAACAAAUGGCAGGUUAAGACAAAAUAGAACACAGAUUUGAAAAAUGGUGCAGAGAUU